AUGCCCCCCAGUGGUGGUCUGCCCCCUACUCUGGAUGUUAAGAGAUGUGAGCAGAAUGGUCCAGAUUCUGAUGAUCUGCUAGUUGGGCAGGAGGAGUGUCCUGCUGAAUCUCCCCCAAAGGGAAAGGUUGCUGCCAAGUCUUCAAGAGAUGAAGCUACUCAUUCGCAGGUAGAGAAUGUGUCUCUGUUGAGGAAGAAGCCAAGGUUCCCUUCUGCUGAGAAGACUCAAGUGGGGUUUGCUCCACGAUCAUCUGCCAGGGCCAAACAUCUCGUGGGCGCAGAUAGCACGAAGCCUCCUGCUGACAAGCUUGAAUACCAUGAUCUGCAUCGUGAGGCAACUUGUGCCCGAUCUAGUUCUGCCGAGCGUCAAAGAGAUGCAGACAUUCCUCCUCGAAGUUCGAGUCGUCAGCACGGUCAAAAUAUGGAGAUCGAAGCGGGAGUGAGGUUGACGGAGGCUAAGAAGAUGAGAGAGUCAUUUGCUUGGGCGAAGAGUUCUUAUUCAGCGUCAGCGGUUGAUCCGAAGGCGAACAAGUCUAGCCCUGUAGGGGAUGCGCCGGCGAUCUUGGCACAUUCUCGAGCCUUUCCUUGGAAAAACAAAGGGAAGCCACAUUUCAUCUGCUUGAAAAAGGAGUGGUUCUUGUUGCUGAAACUAUUUGAAACUCGUCUGUUGUUGCCCCAUCUUUUACCACUGGCUUGGUUAGUCAAAAAGAUGUAUACUUCCGUUUUGAGCACAAGAGUGGAUGCAGUAGAUGAGAUGAUGGCAGAUGCUAUGGAGCAGGCAGAUCAGGAUGCUGAAGGCAUAACUGAUCAGGCGAAUGUCAAAGAGGCUGUAACUUAG